AUGGCGGCCGUAGAUGUACAACAUGUUUGCGUGGUCGGCACUGGUACUGCGGGUCUUGUCGCGAUAAAAGCCCUUCGAGAGUACGGGAUUGAGGUGACCGCCUUUGAGAAGAGCAACUCCUGGGGCGGCAUCUGGAGGUAUAAGGCAGAAAAAUGCGAGGGCGUGGGCACGGUGAUGAAGAGCACGAUCCUCAACACGAGCAAGGAGUUCAUCUCGUUCUCCGAUUUCCCGACGCGGCGCGAGCACGCGAACUUCAUGCGCAACCGGGAUGUGCUCGAGUUUUUGGAGGAGUACGCUGCGAAAUUCGACCUUGUUCAGAGCAUACAGUUUGAGACCGAGGUUUUAAAGGUGUACCGCGCUUCGGAUUACGAAACGACCGGGCGUUGGGUGGUCGAGACGAAACGAGCCGGCCAUACUGAGACGCAAACUUUUGAUGCAGUAUUGGUGUGUACUGGGCAUCAUGUCUACCCGAUGAUACCAACAUUUCCGGGAAUCGACAAAUUCCAGGGCACCAUCACCCAUUCGCACGACUACAAGACGGCCAAACCGUUCGAGGAUCGGAGGGUACUGGUUGUUGGGCUCGGAAACUCAGGCGGUGAUAUUCUAUGUGAGGUUGGGAAGGCGGCUGCAAAAACGUACGGUAGCUCUCGGCACGGGACCUGGGUGACGCAGCGGGUCGUUGGAAGGGGAUACCCACGAGAUAUCCUGAUGCGCACACGAUAUAAUGAAUGGAAGAUGCGGAUGAUGCCUGGCUGGCUUCGAAAAUGGAAGACAAUCGGGGCUUAUAACGAGCGGCUGGACCACAAACUAUACGGACUGCAACCGACCGAGGGACCGGGGGAGAGCCCCGUACUUCUCGCCGACGAUUUGCCGCUGUUUUUGGCGAGUGGCUGGGUCGAGCUGCGCGUCGGCAUUCGUAGUUUCACGGAAAAUGGCGUCUAUUAUGAGGAUGGGCGAUUUGACGAAGUCGAUGACGUCAUCUUCUGUACGGGCUACGAUUUUGACUUCAAUUUCAUCGAGGAGGGCAGGACGGUUCCGGUUUCCGACAAUCAAACCCGUCUCUGGCGUCGCAUUUUCCCACCCGACCACCAGUUUAACACACUAGCGUUCAUCGGCGUAGUCGACCCACUUGGCCCGACAAUCACAUGCUCCGAAGCACAAGCCCGAGUUGUUGCUCACUUCUGGGCCAAGCGUCUCGAUUUACCCUCGAAAGCGGAGAUGCAAGCGGAAAUUGACCGAGACAAAGCAGCGACAAAAGCUCGUUUUAAGUGCUCGGAUCGGCGCGCUUCGCUGCAGAUCGAUCAUAUCUGGUAUUUUGAUCAAUUGGCCGGGAUGAUCGGGGCCAAACCCGAUUUGAGCUUUGACGUUUUUCUGAGAGACCCGAAACUGGCAUUGGCGCUUUAUCUGGGUCCCGUGACGGCUCAUCAUUAUCGAUUGAAUGGGCCCAAUGCGUGGAAUGGGGCCAGGAAACAGAUAUUGGGCACGUACGAUCGCGUGCAUUACGGUAUGAAUACGAGGGGACGAGUGGAGAUGGCCAAGGAAUUCAGCGAGGAAUCCCCUACAGUCUACCCCCAUUUAUUGCCGAUUCUCUUACGGGAUACUCUACAGAUCCCGCUUACCGUAGCCUGCCUACUAUUAAUUGCUCUCGGCGUGUUCAAUGUGUCCAGAGUAGACCACGGGCCGGCCAGACGACUGCCAACCGAUUCUGAUAAAACGUUGAUAAUCUUAAUAACCCCCACAUAUAAGCGGAUAACAAGAAUGGCCGAUCUAUUGAGAUGCGCCCAAAGUCUAAUGCUGGUGGAUAAUAUCUUUUGGGUGGUGGUGGAGGACGGGCAGAGACUAUCCACGCAGGUACUAUACGAUCGGCAUGCCGUAGUAUAUUUCAUGGAUGACGACAAUGCCUACGAUCACAGACUUUUCAACAAAUACGUUCGAAAUGUGAAGACAAUUGGAGUGUGGGCUGUCGGGCUCGUUGGUGAUUCCCUAGUCGAAGCUCCACACGUUGAAGAGGGAGUUAUCACCAAAUGGAACGCCUUCUACUACCCGUCCCGAGAAUAUGCCGUUGAUAUGGCAGGAUUUGCUGUCGCUCUCCCUUUAAUCAUCAGCUCCGGGGCUCGAAUCCCACGACAAUGCCCUGGAAAAGUGCCGGAAACGUGUCUACUACGGCAGAUGGGAGUUCCGAAAGAGAAAGCGGAAGUUUUUGGAUGGAUGGAUGGACAGAGAGAUGUUCUUGUAUGGCAUGUUAAGGCUGUCGAACGGGUACCUCGUGGCAUCAACUCGCAUGGGUAUGAGGUGGAGACACUAAACGCUAGAGAAUGGCAAGAACAUCGGAAUUAUUGGAAGAAACCGGUCAAGCCGGCCACCAACGGCACGAAACCCGCCCCUCCGAAGCCAAAAACGACUCCUCAGCUCCCUCCUCCUUCCACAAACGCGACGAUCCUAAAAACGAACGACGUCCGCGACUACGAGCCGAUCCCAUCAACCGUGAAAACGAACCUGAAACCCUCCAAGAAACCG